AUGAUUGGCAUGGUGAUUUUGGCCAACGCAGUGGUAAUUGGCAUGGAAAGUCAGGCACGCGCCUGGAUGCCGCUGGGAUGCUCGAUGGACUGCGACUGCAAGGUGAGAGCCGGGAGAGCGAGUCUCAUGCGACAUGUGGCGAUGCUUUGA